UUGGAUCUAUUAAAAAAUAUGUUAAAAUUAAAAGUUUCAUUAUUUCCAUUUUUUAAAUGAACUUAAGUUCACGACACUUACAACCACUACUUAAACCUAACUUUUAGUUAUAUAUGAAUAACUACAAAAUCGUUUGCAUCGAAUAAAUAGACGAUUUAUGAACUAUUUCAAGGGAAAAAUGGAACAGCUUGAGAAAGCAGUGUAUAGGUUUUAACUAUCUGACAUUCUAAUAACCGUCAUGGUUCAGGAAAUGACUCAGUUUUCUACGCAUUCUUUUUCGUAUGACUCUCAUUAUGCACUUCCACACUUGAAAUCAGAACUAUCUCAAGUUUGGAAUAAUACUUCACACUUGCUGCAAGGCGUUCUUGAUGAUAGUCCCUUUUCUGAUGCCGCAGUUCCUGAAUCAACCUCAUCCGCUCUAACGACGGAUGGUCCACCGGCACCGAAAAAGAAGAGUAAGAGAAGCGGGAAUAAGAGCAGCUAUAAACAUGUACCUCACCGAGAGAAACCUCCUCACCUGGUGGCGAGAAGGAAUGCCAGAGAACGAAGGAGGGUUCAAGCCGUCAAUACCGCGUUCUCUCGUCUGAGGAAGUGUGUGCCGACUGAAAGCAAAAGCAAACGACUUUCCAAGGUCAAGACCCUGCACCGAGCUAUCGAGUAUAUUCAGAUGCUGCAAGAAAUGCUUACCAAGGCCGACGAAGACAUAGGGAACGACGAACUUUCACUCAGGGCUGCUGUGCAGGCUGAUUCACUCAAUAAAGAAAAUGAACUGCAUCAGCGAUGGUUGCAGUUACCUUCUAGUUGGGAUGACACGAAUCAAAACAGCUGCCUAUCUUUCUAUGAUGAUUUCUCUGAUGCAUUGCAGAGUUAAAUGUUUCUUUUGAACAGAAGAACAAUUUUGAACUUUAAUCUUUUCUUGAACAUAUAUUAUAUUGAUAUAUGAAUAAGCAAAUCGGAAAAGACUCUGAUGAUUUUCGGCGAACUGUUUACUUUUGUGACUUUUGAGGGACUUUGACUGAAUCAUAUUUGAACUUUUUGCACUGAGAUGUUUUACUAACAACCUCGUAUUGUUUUUUUAAUAGCAUUAUAUUUAAUGCAUUUUGACUUUAUUUCAACAUCUUAGAGACAGAAAAACGGGUCAUAUUUACACUAUGUACAUUUUUAUUCUAUUGUCAAAAAAUUUUAAAAAUUACCCAAUCAUAUAAUAAAUCAAUCAAUGAAUCAAUAUGUAUGUAAGCCAAUCAUAAAGUAACAUGAGCUAAUACCUAACCAACUGUCGAGCCUACCGUUCGAGAAAAUACAAUAAAAUUUUGUGUAAAGGUAUUAUAAGGUGCGUGUUCAAGAGUUAUUAGAAACGAGUAUUUAGCUCUUCUGCUUAUAGUUACAAAAUUUUGAAAUUUUUAAAUAAAAAGAAACCUCACCAUAAUAAUAAUAAUAAUAAUACAAUAAUAAUAAUAACAACUAAACUCAAAAUCAGCUAAUAGAAAGAAGAAGAAAGCACAAUAAUUUAAAUGCUGCCAUUUUACUCUCUUCAUCGUCGUUUAGCGUCGCUACUACUCGUGCUAAAACAAUUGUUUUAACUCCGUUUUAAUUUUUCAUUGUGAGAAUCAUGUUUGCGAAGAAGCAAGUGUUUCCCUUUGAAAAUUUGAAAAUUUUGAAUCGACGCACAGAACUUUUAAUAUCUUUAUGCAAAAUUCUCAUAACACAACAACCUGAUAUCAGAAUUCAAGGAGUGAAUUUGAAGUACUAUCUUCAUAAAUUCAAAUUUGUCUGUGAUCUCAACGUAGAGAAUAUUAUUGAACAAAAUUUAGCUUAAUCUUACAUGCAUGUAGAAAAAUUUGCAAAUGUAAGGUACAUACAUAAAAACUUUAUGUAUCUUAAAAAGCAAAAUUUUUAAAAGUAAUGAUACUAAAAAAAUAGAAUAAAUCCCUAUACAGUUAAGCCUGUAAUUAAGUAACCGAAGAAAAAAAUCUUUACUGUUUAUUCUUUGAGGUGUUCUCUUAAUUCAAUUUUUUUUAUUUUUUACUUUUUUCUGGAAAUAAGUUAAGAGAUUAAACCGAAAAAAAAACGUGACGUACAAUAGUUUCAAUGGUAUACCAGCAAGUGGCGUAGUGUGGGUUUCUUGAUUCUGAUUGGUUGUUAAAACGUGGCAUUUAUUUACGUUAGCAACUGUUCUUUCCAUUCUAUUUCGAGUAUGCCUAUUGAGAUUUUUUUUUAAGGAGUCUUAAGCAAUUUUCCCCCUAUUUGUUUGUUCACAUUUCAAAAGUUAAAAGAAAACUUUGCGGCAAAAUUAUCUACUGAUGAGGCUGUAAUAAUCUGCAGCGCCCUCUGCCGUGAUGGAGUACCAACUUCUAACCAAGUAACUAUUGAAGCUGAUUACAAAAAUAUUCAGGGAAAUUUUCUUCCAACCAGGUUAUGGUUUUACCCUUUAAUCAUUCAGAGAUAGUUACUGUAGUAAUUCAUAUCAGUAUAUCUUUUUUGCAACUUAUCAUUAACAUUGUCCCUUCGUUUAAAGUUCAUUAUAAAAGAUUGAAUAAGCAUGCAAAUGAUGAGUAUGAACUGUUACUUAAUAUUUUAGAAAACUAUAAAUAAUCACCGUUUUUCAAACAUGGUGUUGUUUGAGAACUAAUAUAAUCUUGAAUAGAAUAAUUGUAUCCGAUAAUGAAUUUGAAUACUGAAUUCGAUAUUAAUUUACUGACCAGGAAGUGUACAAAAAGUACAAUAUAUCGGGGAAAUAUUAUUUGUAAUUAAAAAUGUGUUAUGUAUCUAGUCUAGGUAUGAUAAUUAGUGUUUGUACAGUUCAAAAACUUUUGCCUCAGUGUAGCGUUACAUCAAAUACGAAUUGUAUUUAGAAACGAAUGAUUUGGAAUUUAUACGAUUGUGAAGUGCUUUGCAUUCUAAGAAUACAUAUCAAACUUUAAUAAGAGAAUUUUGUAAAUUUAAUUGCUUAAAUCAGUGUUAUGUAAAGUAAAUCGAAACUUUAAUCUUAAUCGAAAUAUUAAUAUAUAAUUCCUGCAAUCAUUUUUUAUAAUUUUAUUUGAGUACAUAGAUUUUAAGAGAGCACACUAAUUAAUAAUUUUAAUAAAUUGCUGAGUAAAAAUACAAUUGUGCUUAAUAAAUUCUUUUUUUAAAUAUAAUUAUUUAAAUAUAAUCUUAUUAAUUUAGUUCCUAUUCUAUUUUAUCAUCGAAUUUCAUAUUGCUCUUAAGUCUUAAAGAACAGAAGUAAAUGACAAAAGGUGCAUUAAACAAUUGCAGUUCAAAGCUCCAUUUUUAUCCUAAUAAUUCCAUGUAUGUAUGCAUGGUGUUCCGUAAUCACUGCCUUUAAUAUAAAGUUUGAGAAUACUUAUUAAAAAUGAUGUAAAAGAAAUAUAUACAACAGGUAUUGCAAUUUCCUAUUCAAGCAAAAAAGGAACAGAAACACAGUCGAAUCACUAUAGAGGAAAUUGGAAAGAAACGCAUCAGAACCCGUUCGAAUAUUGGAAAAAAGAUGGAGGAGUUAAAAGAUGAUUAUCAGAAACUUUUUUCAAAUUUCCACCAGAAAUCAAACAGGUUUUGAUGUUGUCAGUAACGCUUUCUUCAAUAUUGAUUCGUCAGACGCCGAUGUUGUUUUUAUUAUGCAAUGCAAUUAGGAUAUAUUAAGGGUUGUAUAUAUUAAGAAUGAUUCGGAACAUCCUGUAUAUUAGGUUGGAAAAUUAAAUGAAGACAGAGCAAAUACAAUAGCUGCUACCCAAUAAAAAUCAAGUUUAAUAUAUUUUUUCAUUUUAUUAUCAUCUUUAUCUUAGUGGUUUAGAGUAUAAUUCAUUAUUGUGCACGAAAAAUAGUUAUUUCACCAAGAAUUUUAUCGCUGACCGCUGCAAUGAUGCACAAACUCACGCACAAAUAUUUAGUUGGAGCGCCACUGCAUAGCAUAGUGCUUAUGAAGAAGUUUACACAAAAAGCAUUGAUUGAUGAAAUAUUUUGCCUGAUUCUGUUAUGUUUGAUUCUAGAUAAACUUUCUGUGUGAAUGCUGUUGUGUAAUUGAAAUAAAUUCCAAUAAAAUCUUUAAAAAC